AACCUAAGUUAGGGUUCUAGUAUGUUUCUCUCGUUGUUCUUCCUCGCGAUCGUGCUCCUCCGCGCAAAUGCCACGGUCGUCAUCACGACUCCCACGAAUCAGUCCAUGCCCUUCUCGGACAUGGAGGCGGGAUUCGCUCCUCGCGUCCCGCAAGCCGGGAUUUUGGGCCUCCUCUACCGCGGCAAUCCACUGGACGCUUGCGAUCCGCUCAAGACCGGGCCGGCUCUAGACCAGAGCCCAUUCUCUUCGUUCGUCCUCGUGAAGCGUGGAGCUUGCCGGUUUGAGAAGAAGGUGCGCAACGCCCAGGACGCUGGAUUCUCGGCAGUGAUCGUCUACAACGAUGAAGAUGGCCGCGACCUUGUGAUUAAUGUGAUCCUUUCAUACUUUUUCUUUGCAGUGUCGGGUGAUUCGUAUGGGAUUAAGAUCCCGGCGGUAUUUGUCUCCCACGCAGCGGGAAAGGUUCUGUGGAGGUACGCUGGAAAUCCACAGACGAGGUGCUUCAUUUUCCCGACGCUGGACUACCCGGCCUGGUCCGUCAUGGCGGUGGCUUUCAUCUCGCUUCUCGCGGUCACGGCUGUGCUGGCGACGUUCUUCUUCGUGCGGAGGCACCGCUUGCGUCGGCUUGGCUCGAGGCUGCUGCUGCCGCGAGAGCCUCCGGGACUGACUUCCUCGGAGGUGAGAUCGCUGCCGACGUUGGUGUAUAGGCGCGCUGGCGAUGGUGACGAUCAGGCAGACACUUGCGUGAUCUGCAUGGAGGAGUACGAGGACGGGCAGAAGCUCCGGGUUCUUCCGUGCCGACACGCUUUCCACGCAGCUUGUGUCGAUCAAUGGCUCGUGACGAGGAAGCCCUUUUGUCCCGUUUGCAAGAGGGACGCGCACGCAAAGUCGGAAGCUCCCACAGCCUCGGAGAGCACUCCACUUCUCACAGCGAGAGCUCCUGCGGCGGUGGCGGUGGCGGUGGUGCCGGCGCAAACUUCCGCGUCGCCGCUCCUUCAUCACUCGGGAUCCCCCAUUCCGGUUCCAGCUCCAGCUCCUCCAUCAGACACUCUUCUAUUUCGGAGCGCGUCGCUGACGAAUACCGCUCCAUCGAGCAGAACAGUUCCAGCAAAAAUCAUGGCUUCCUCUUGGCCUCGAGGCCUGCAGGCUUAAAGGCUGCAAAGUGAAGGGAAGAAAGAUGUUUUUCUUUUUUCGUAUGGCUCGAGUAUGUCUAGUGCUGAAGGGGUCGCAAAAGAGUCGCGACUGUGUCUCCUCCACCAUACCGCAAAAUGAUCGGCCGCUUCAUCUUUGGCUGCAUCUAACCUUUUAAUGAGAAUAAGAUUUGCCCUGUAUAUUGUUAUGCUUUCGCUUUAGGGGCUGUACGCUCCAUUUACAAUUGAGAACAUUUUAGGGAUGGAA